GAGAGGGGCCAAGCCGUGCAAGAUAAAUGGUACACACGCAAGAUGGCACAUCACCACGGAGAAGUCAACCUAGAGUUAUUACUAAACGAUAGCAUAGACCUUUCGAAAUUAUCCGAUGAAGAAAGGUUUAGGGUCGAACAUGCGAGGAUGCACGAAAAGCACAGAGGGCACGAGAAAAUGCACGCCUACAUGAUUCUCAUCCUGCUGGCCUCGGUCGUCGUAGCUCAAAUAGUCCUGGUGCAGUGGAAGAAGCGACACUUCAAAUCUUACCAGAGGGCAUCCAUGCUAGGGAUGUGGCUCAUCCCCCUGUGCGUGUCGGUGCACUCACAUUGGUGGCGCUUUGUGUUCAUCUGGUCCAUCUUCACGCUCUUCACCUGCAUCGUGGUCAGCUGGGCCCUACAGAAGCCCAUUGCGGGGACCACGCCCCGCUGGGUAUACAAGUGGUUUUACGUGGUGCACAUGCAGAGCUAUGCACUGGGUGUUGCGGGCUACCUGGUGGUGAUGCUGACACUUCUGGGGGUCAACUUGAUGUUCCGAGCCAAGCCGCAGACAUGGAUGGACAUUGGCCUGUUGUUGCUCUUCUAUGGGCUUUACUACGGCCUGCUGGGGCGUGACAUCUCCGAGAUCAUCACAGACCGCAUGGCGUGCACCAUUGGGUAUUACACGCCGACAGGUGUCCCAGUGAGACAUUUGGAGCCCAACGUGUGUGCGGUUUGUGGCAACAAGAUCCUUGUCAUGGACAAUGCAGAAGCCAUUGUAGAGGAGACCUACAAGCUCCCCUGUGGGCAUCUAUUCCACGAAUUCUGCAUCCGAGGGUGGUGCAUUGUGGGCAAGAAGCAGACGUGCCCUUACUGCAAAGAGAAGGUGGAUCUCAAAAGGAUCUUCUGCAAUCCCUGGGAAAAGCCCCACAUCCUGUACGGAAACUUCCUGGACUUUAUCCGUUACCUGGUGGUGUGGCAGCCUAUGAUCAUCAUGUGUGUGCAGUUUGUGAAUCACAUGCUGGGUUUGGAGUGAUGCUGGAUGCUUUGCAUACCAACUGUUUUAAACUCAUCCUUCCUGUGCAGGACAGUUGCUUUUUGUAUAGAGAGAGAUGUUGCAAGUUUGUUGGGGACCAGCGUUUUAUUAAAGUGGGCCGUCAGACGA